CUGCCCUUCACUUCGCCCCGUAUCUCUCCCGUAUUUACUCCUUCCUUUGCUCCUUCUCAAUUCUCAGUCAUCGCCGUCGCAUAGCCAUCGGGAUCUCGCCGCCUUUGCCCUUCCUUGCCCGAUUUAUCUUGUCGAGUGCCGAGGCGCCACCUUGCUUCUUCCUCUGCUCCAAACCCUUCGAGGCCCGUUCCCGCCUUCCUUGACGGCUGCUCGUUUUGGGAGAAUCUUUGGCCGUUUUACUUCUUGGAGCUGCAACUACAGAGUGCGGGUUGAAACAGAAGACUCAUGGCUGAUUGGGAAGAAGAAGAUUUUGAGCCAGCAGCUCCAGGAUUAGUUACCAUUCAACCAAAGAACCAGUGGGACGAUGAGGAUAUGGAAGAUGAGAAUAUUAAAGAAUCCUGGGAAGAUGAGGGAGAUACUAUGGAGUCACCAAAGCCAGAACAAGCUGCAAACCCUACUGUUUCAAAAACAGAAGUCAAAAUUGCUGGGAAGAAAGACAAACUGGCCGAAGCUAAGACAGCUGAUGUAGCUGUUGAAGUUCUAGCAGACUCUGUCGGUGAAAAACUUCGCCUACAAAGACUUGUUGAAGAAACUGACAACAGAUCAACUGCAGAGUUGUUUGCUAAGAAAGGUGAUCAGAAGACACUAGACGACUUUAUUCCUAAAUCGGAAAAUGAUUUUCUGGAGUACGCUGAGCUGCUCUCUUAUAAGAUGCACCCAUAUGAGAAAAGCUUUCAUUACAUUGGUCUUCUUAUAUCCGUCUUGAGGCUUUCCAUGACUUCACUAAAAGCCGCAGAUGCAAAAGAAAUAGCCGCCUCAGCUUCAGCGAUCGCAAAUGAGAAGCUUAAGGCAGAAAAAGAAGCCAACGCAGGAAAGAAGAAACAAGGUGCAAAGAAGAAACAGCUUCAAGUAGACAAGGCUGAUGAUGACUACAGCACCACAGGCGGUUACGAUGAUGUGAAUGAUUACGACUUCAUAACUUUCCAGCAUAUCGUGGCUUAUUGCUGUACUGGCAUAGCACACAGUCCUCAACCAUGAGCGCAGGUCAACGGCCGGCCACCGAAAAGAUUUGUCAUGGUUGGAACGAAGACUCGUAUCGCCGGAUUUUGUUGGAUUCUUCUAAUCAACGCCCAACUCCCCAUAAAUCGUGAGCUAGAGUCGCAUCGCAAAUCCUCAUUCAACAAGAACAUUGAAUGUGAUACGAUGGAUCACGAU